UCAAACACAUUCUUAGCAAUGGUUUACGAAAGAAAAUCAGCAAGCAUUGAAAGGAUUCUUCGCAUUGGAGUGUUGGGGGCAAAGAAAGUCGGGAAAACAUCAAUGAUCACCCGUUUACUGAAGAAAAGAUUUCCAGACAAAUACAGUCCAACGAUUGAAACAUUGUUCCGAUACGACAUCCAAACCUCUGAAAAGAAAUUCACAAAACUGGAAAUUCUGGAUACGGCAGGUAACUUCGAGUUUCCAGAAAUGUUGAGAAAAGCUGUCAGAUCUUGCCAUGCUUUUGUAUUAAUGUUUGACUUGAACGACUCGAAACAAACAUUCCGCGAAGUGGAAACAUUGAGGCAACUCAUUUUGGACGAGAGAAGUGGAGAAUCUGUCCCAAUCAUUGUCAUUGCUAAUAAGUCUGAUUCAGUCGUCGUGAAAGACAGUGAGGAAAACAAAGUUCUCGAUGCCGUUGUAUCAAUAGACUGGGACUGUACUUACCUUACAACAUCCGCAAAAUGUGACACAAAUAUUUCGGACGUUUAUAAUGCUGUUUGCAAAGGACUUGGUAUAAAGGUUAGACAAGAUACAGAUGUCAACCAGUCUAACAAAGACGCCACCCCGAAGAUUUCCAAAACCACUUUAAUGAAAAGAAGAUUUUCAAUCAAAUCAUUUUAA